CUUUCUUCUAUGUCUCAACCUCCAUUUUAAAAAAGGCAAAGGAUUUCCAUUGCAUGUCGGAAAGAAAACAAAAAACAAAGUUCAAAAAUUCCCUAUGGAUUCAGUUUCCCAAUCUUCGCAUCAUCAUAUUGUUGUCUUCCCCUUCAUGGCAAAAGGCCACACCAUUCCUCUUCUUCACCUCAUCUCCCUCCUCCGCCGCCGUUUCCCUCACCUCUCUCUCACCAUUUUCACCACCCCCGCUAACCGUCCCUUCAUUUCCCGAUUCCUCUCCGUCUCCGGCACCGGCACCGACACCGAUUCCAUAUCCCUCGUCGACCUCUGUUUUCCCCAAAAUGUUCCCGGCCUCCCAACCGGCGUCGAAUCCACCGAUGCUCUCCCUUCAAUCUCCCUCCACCCUCUAUUCUGCCGCGCCACAGAGCUUAUGCAACCGGAAUUUGAAAAACGCCUCCAAUCCCUCCCUGUUCCCGUCACCUUCUUAAUCUCCGAUAUGUUUUUCUGGUGGACCCUCGAGUCGGCUUCAAAAUUCGGAAUCCCCAGAAUUAUAUUCAGUGGUAUGUCAAAUUAUUCCUGUGCCGUCGUUUCCGCCGUUAUGAAAAACAGAGAACUUGACAGAGUUGUGUGUGUGGAAGAGAUGGUGACUGUGAGUGAUUUUCCUUGGGUGAAAAUCUGCAAGGGGGAUUUUGAUACAGUUUUUUGGUCGAAAGCGGAAGAGGAGCCGACGAACCUCCACUUGGAACUUGUAAGGAAGUCAAUUCAUGCUUCAAUGAAGAGCUACGGAGUAAUAGUUAAUAGCUUUUACGAGCUGGAGCCAUUGUUCUCCGAUUACGUAAGAAACAGUGAAAGGAGUUGGAAUAUUGGACCACUUUGUCUGUACCAAUGUAGCUUUGAGGCCACAAGAAACGACCGAACGCAGCAGCCAACCAAACACGCUAUGAGGCCAAAGUGGUUAGAAUGGUUGGAGGGAAAACUCAGGCAAGGAGAAAAGGUAUUAUACGUGGCGUUCGGAACGCAGUCGCAGAUUUCGAGUGAACAAAUGAAAGAGAUAGAGAUUGGAUUAGAGGAAUCUGGAGUAAGGUUUCUAUGGGCAAGAAGAAAAGUAGAGGAAGAAAAAGAAGUAUUCGAAGAUCAUGAAGGGUUUGAAGAGAGAACAAAAGAGAGAGGGAUUGUAGUAAGGGAAUGGGUGAAUCAAUGGGAAGUGUUAAAACAUGAAGCUGUUGAAGGGUUUUUGAGUCAUUGUGGUUGGAACUCAGUGAUUGAGAGUUUGAGCUGUGGAGUCCCAAUUCUUACUUACCCGUUAAUGGCGGAUCAAAGUUUGAAUGCGAGAAUGGUAGUGGAGGAGUUGAGGGCGGGGAUGAAGGCGGUCGAGGGGACGUCACCGGCGAUGAUGAAAGGGUUUGUAAAAGGGAAGGAUUUGAAGAGACGUGUGAAAGAGUUGAUGGAAGGAGAGAAAGGGAGAGAAGUGAGGAAGAAGGCGAUGGAGAUUUCAGAGAUGGCGAAGAAAUCUAUGGCGGAAAAUGGGUCGUCGUGGAGGGAUUUGGAACUAUUGAUUCAAGAAAUGUGCAACAAAUCAUCGUGAUUACCGCAUACGGAUUUACUACCGUAAGAAAUAUAGUGUUAUUUCUAUGCGAACACACACUGUAACUUACAAAGGUAGUUUGAAUGUUUGAGAUAUUAAAUCAAAUGUAAUUUGAAUCUUUCACAUAAUUAAUUAAUGUUUGAAUGUACAAAAUAACCAAUGUUUCAAAGUUAAA